AUGAUCGGGAUCACCAUCAUCACUGGGUUCCUGGGGGCAGGAAAAACCACCCUGCUCAAGAACCUCCUCAAGGAGAGCAUCCGAAAUGGAAAAAAAAUCGCCAUCAUCCACAACGAGUUCACAGAAAAUAAUAACAACAUUGACAAAAUUGUGUUCAAGGAUAUAAACGACAUUUAUAAUUUCCCCAAGGAGGGGAAUGGGAGGAGCACGGGCGGGAAGGAUGCUCACGACGCUGCUAAUGACAGUGCGCAGGAUGGUCACGACGACAUAACCAUUGUCAAUCGGAUCGAAAAAGAAGAGGGCUACAUAUACGAACUCAACAACGGCUGCCUCUGCUGCUCCAACAAAAGCAACUUUGUUAAGUUAAUUGAAAAUAUACUCUCCAUGAAAAGUUCUUACGAUUAUAUCUUUGUCGAGGUGGCGGGGGUGUACGACAACAUACAGCUCAACAAUCUCUUAUGGUUAGAUGAUCUGAACAAAACCCAAAUUUACCUCGACAGCAUUGUCUACCUAUUGGACGCAUAUAAUUUUUUGAAUUACUUCCAAGGGGAUGACUCACUCCAUUCUCAUGGCGCCCUCGCAGCAGCUGCUUCUCAAUUCGCUUCCACUAAGACAGAAAAGGAAGAGAAGAGCCUCCCUUCCGAGGAAGCAGAAGAGGGGAAGAAAGAGGAACAUGUGAACGUACCCACCAACGACACCACCUCCGCGAACGAACAACUAAUCGUGUGCGACGUUGUUAUUAUAAAUAAGAUAGACAAAAUUAGUGAAGAGCAAAAGGAAAAAAUAAAAGACUUCGUUAGUAACAUGAACCCAUUAAGUUACAUCUACCUCACCAGUUAUGCAACCAUCCCGAUGGAAAGGAUAACAGAACUCAAGUGUUAUGAAAAAAAAAAUAUAAAAGAGAUAUUGGCUAAUUCCAUGACCACUCACAAUACAGAUCGCAAGGACGUAUUCCAUUAUAACGAUUUUGUUAAUUGUUCACUGCAGUAUGAACACAGCAUUCCAUACCUAGUUCAUUUAAGUGAAAAACUAAAUAAAAUGAAAAAUGAAUUUGUCAAGGAAAAAAGUAAAAACACACUGAGACAGAUCCUUUCUGCAAAAAAAAAAAAUAUUUUUUCUUUUAAAAAAAUUAAUGAAGCUUUAGUCUCCCUUCUAUGGAAGAAAAAUUUGCAAAUAUAUAGAGGGAAAGGCAUGUUUGUCGCCUUCAAUGAUGAUAUUUAUAACAACAAAAGUAAGCUAAAGCUAAACAUGUAUUAUUACCAAAGUGUUGGCGACCUGUACGAAAUCGAUUUGGUCAUGAGCGACCUUCACACCUUCUUUCCAUCUGCCCUGGAUGGGGUGCAAACGGAAAUGGGCAGUGUGCCACUAUCAACAGAUAAUGAGGAAGACUCUCCCAUGGAACAUUUCAACCAUGCGGACGACGUGUCCGAUAUUGACGCCUACCUUUCGGACUCCUCCUCGGGAAGUGACGAAACGGGUGGGGGCGACAAUGGUGGUAGCAGCGGUGGGGGUGAGUACAACGUAAAGAACAUUUUAACUGGCGGCGACGUCUUCGCAUCCUCCUUCCUCUUCAUAGGGAAACAUAUCGACGUGGAGGAGGUCAAGCGAAAAUUAAAUGACUGCAUGUGUGACUAA